AUGGGGCGGAGGGAGUUGAAGGGGGGAGAGGAGUCGGCAAAGAUGGACGGGAUUAUUGAGGAGAAAAGUGGUAAAUCGAGAGAAACAAUGGGAAAAGUGAAUAUUUACGCGCUUGCACGCUCAGCUCCGAGGCAUCUGGCAAGGGAAGAUGCUCAAGCCGAGGCCAUUUUGCGCGACAAUCCAUCCUCCUGGUUGCACUCAAGGCUGGAAAGACCAACAAAAUGGUGUUGCAACACGCGUGACGGUGUUGUCAACGCCGGCGAAAUGGGACCGUUGACGCAAAGUGAGCGCACAAAGCGGUGGACAGUUUAG